AUGUGUGCGCCGAACUGGCCGCAGCGGUACCAGAUGCGCCACUCUGGCCGCCGCGGACCGGGUGCGCCGAGCUCGCCGCACUGGUACCAGGUGCGCCGGACUGGCCGCAGCGCGCCACGAGCGCCACCUGCGCGAGCGCUGCGGGCCCUGUCGCCGUCUCCUUCCAGCGAGCUGUGGCGCUCGGCGGGCCUGUGUCGUCUGGCCGGCCGCCGCCACGGCCUGAACCGGCGACAGCAGCGGAUCUGUCGCCGACAGCGGCACCUCAUGCCGCACGUGCACGUGGCGGCGCUGCACAGUGUCGACACGUGUCAGCACGUGUUCCAGUGGCACAGGUGGAACUGCUCCAGUGUCCAGUUUGCGCCGAGGUUCGGCAGAGACUUGAUGGCAGGGACGCGGGAGCGGGCGGUGGUCCGGGCGCUCAGUUCAGCGGCUCUGGUUCGCUCGGUGGCGCGGGCCUGCAGCGCGGGGACCGUGUCGGGGUGCGGCUGCGGCCCCCUGCCACCGAUCACCGCCCUCCCUCCUGCCCCUGUCGGCGCCGCUACCGUCCCCGGUUCAGACCCAGACGCAGAGGACGGCCCGUUCAAAUGGGGCGGCUGCUCGGACCAUGUCCCGUUCGGUCUGCGGACGGCGCAGAGGUUCACCCGAGGAGUGAGGCAGAAAAAGGCCGAGCCGCAGCUGCCGGCUGACCUGCUGUCUGUCCGGGUGGAUCGGCAUAACGACAGAGCGGGCAGGAAGGCGGUUCAUCAGUCUCUGGAGCGCCGCUGCCGAUGUCACGGCGUGUCCGGCUCAUGCAGUGCACGCACCUGCUGGCGCGCGCUGCCGCCGCUUCACGAGGUCGCGAUGCGGCUCAAGGUGCGGUACGGCCGGGCUGCCCAGGUGACCCUGCGGUCCCGGCGAGGGCGUCGCCGCCUGGUGACCGUACACGCCGCCAGGGGCCGUCUGAAGAUGACCGACCUGGCGUACAGUGACCAGAGUCCCGACUACUGUCACCGGGACGAGCGGUUCGGCAGUCUGGGCACCGAGGACAGGCUGUGUAACGCCACCUACGGCUCUCCAGGCGACUGCCGCGUCCUCUGCUGCGGACGGCCGUACCGCACCACGGCCGUGCUGCACGUGGAACGGUGCCAGUGCCGCUUCGUCUGGUGCUGCCGCGCCGAGUGUAAGACCUGCCGCAGCUGGAGGGACCAGAGCAGGUGUACGUGAUAAGGAGAGGGACCAGAACAGGCGUACCGGACCAGGAGAAGUACCAGAGCAGGUGUACCUGAUCAGGAAAGGGACCAGAGCAG